UGCUGCUUUCCGAUACUGGGAGACUGUAGUACAGUAUGCUGAUUGCAGGCGAGGAACGUGUUUGUCUAGGAGUCGGAUUACGCUGAGGCAUCCAGCGAUUGGUGGCAACGGGGAAUUAUUAUUAUUUUCAGCAUCGUUCUUCCUUUUGGGCGACAGUAGAUUGCAAGGAUAAUACAGGGCCGGCGCUUCAUUUAGUAUAUUAAGCGGACGAGAUAUAAUCGGAUUUGCUCUGCAAAAAGGGCACAAUAUGCGGACGGGCAAUCUUCUGUAAACAAUAAAACCGAGGAGGGCGGCUGCUGCUCCUCCCCUCGCUAAUCCUCUCCGGCGCUGCUUCCAGAGAUCUGCGGGAGGAAAGCUCGCUCUGCUCCCUCCCGACCGCCCCGGCUUGGAUUUGGGGUGGUGAUGGUGGGCGCGCGUGGCCGGGAGGCAGGAGAGAAAGGGAGGCUCCGUGGGGCGCCUGUUUCAUAGGCGGGCGCUGUCGACAUGGAGCGAUGCCGUUACCUCCCCAGGCAGCCGAGCCGGAGGAGGGAAGGGCAGCCGGAGCCGCCGUGCCUCCCGAAGUGACUGCAGGCGGAGGAGAUCGCCGCCGGAGGAGAGGCAGGGACAAAGGACCUGGCCUCGGUUAGUCCCCCGCGGCGGGACUGGAGAUGUACCUCCUGGACAGCAGCGACCCGACCUCCGCCCCUUCCUCCCCGGGCGCCGCGGAGCGGGGGACCCCCCAGCGGAGAACGGUCUACCGCAUCUCGGUGACCCUAGUGAAGAAGGAGCCUCUCGGCUCGGCCGCCGUGCCCCGCGAUGGCUUCCUCCAGGAGCAGCAGCAGGAGAGCGCCGGGGCUGCCGCCGGGCACGCUUUCCGCAGCUCGCGGGCCCUCAGCACCGGGCAGCUGGAGCUGGGCCGCCUGAAGGUGACCAGGCGAGCCGGGCUGGGCUUCAGGUGGCCGCCGGCAGAGGCGCGCGGGAAGAAGGACUCGGCGCCCGAGGGGGCUGCCCGGCGUCCCCUGCGGGGCUCGCAGCAGCAGCAGGAGGAGGAGGCCGGCCCCGCGGGGCUCCCGAGACACUCGCCCGCCGAGGAAGCGGCCCCCGGCGGCCUGGACCCCGCGCGGCGGGCAGCGGCGGCGGCUCCGCUGCGCCGGAGCUGCAGUUUCCGGCACUGGAGCGGCGGGGAGGCGCUGCGGCUGCGCGCCUUGGCGCGGACCAAGCGCCACAGCAGCUCGGGCUGCCUCUCUCUGCCGGCCGGCGGCGCGGGAAGGUCGCUGAGCGCCGGCAGGCGCCCCCCGCGGGCGGGGGCCGAGGCGGGCGGGGGCCCGAAGAGCCCGGCCGGCGAGCUGCAGGUGCUUUCGGAGCGGCUGGGGGCCUGGGAGAGUUCGGCCGGGAGCGUCGCCUCUUCGCCCGAGCGCCGCCUGCUGCGCUUCUUCAGCGGGGUCUUCUCGCCCUUCGGGAGCCCCCUGGGCAGGUCUCCCCGGGCCCGGGCGGGGAGCAGCAGCAGCCUCCAGAGAAGCGCCCGCGCGCAGUCCAGCACCGAGAGCCUCGCGGAGCCCCUGAGCAGAGAUGCCUUUGUAAAUAGCCAGGAGUGGACACUAAGUCGAUCUGUGCCAGAACUCAAAGUGGGAAUUGUGGGCAACUUAGCUAGUGGUAAAUCUGCCCUUGUACAUCGAUAUCUGACUGGGACGUAUGUCCAGGAGGAAUCCCCAGAAGAUAUGGAUGCAGGUGGGAGAUUCAAGAAGGAGAUAGUAGUUGAUGGACAGAGUUACCUGCUGCUGAUUAGAGAUGAAGGUGGUCCUCCUGAGGCACAGUUUGCCACGUGGGUAGAUGCUGUUAUAUUUGUCUUCAGCCUAGAGGAUGAAAUUAGCUUCCAAACCGUGUACCACCACUAUAGCCGUAUGGCAAACUAUCGCAACACUAAUGAAAUCCCAAUGGUACUUGUGGGUACUCAGGAUGCUAUAAGUUCCAGUAAUCCCCGUGUCAUUGACGAUGGUAGAGCGCGGAAACUGUCGAAUGAUUUGAAAAGAUCUACCUACUAUGAAACUUGUGCUACCUAUGGGCUGAAUGUGGAGAGAGUCUUUCAGGAUGUUGCACAGAAGAUUGUUGCAACAAGGAAAAAACAGCAACUUUCGAUAGGCCCUUGCAAAUCCCUACCAAACUCUCCAAGCCACUCAUCUGUAUGUUCAGUCCAGGUUUCGGCAGUACAUAUCAGCCAGACCAGCAACGGAGGAGGGAGUUUAAGUGAUUAUUCCUCCUCUGUCCCAUCUACUCCAAGCACCAGCCAGAAGGAGCUACGGAUUGAUGUUCCACCUACCACAAAUACUCCAACUCCUGUUCGUAAACAGUCCAAGCGCCGGUCCAAUCUUUUUACGUCUCGGAAAGGGAGCGACCCAGACAAAGAGAAGAAAGGAUUGGAGAGCAGAGCAGAUAGUAUUGGAAGCGGUCGUGCAAUCCCAAUUAAACAGGGCAUGCUGCUGAAGCGAAGUUGCAGAUCUUUAAAUAAAGAGUGGAAGAAGAAAUAUGUUACUCUCUCUGAUAAUGGCGUACUGACCUAUCAUCCAAGUUUACAUGAUUAUAUGCAGAAUGUUCAUGGAAAAGAAAUUGAUCUUCUGAGGACCACAGUUAAAGUCCCAGGGAAGAGGCCACCUCGAGCUACGUCAGCAUGUGUACCCAUCUCCACUCCGAAAACAAAUGGCUUGUCCAAAGACAUAAGCAGUUUACAGAUCUCACCAAAUUCCGGAAAUGUGACUACUAGUACUUCUGUGUCUCAGAUGGCAAGCGGCAUCAGCCUGGUUUCCUUCAACAGUCGCCCUGAUGGGAUGCAUCAGCGUUCCUAUUCAGUCUCCAGUGCCGACCAGUGGAGUGAGGUGGCAGUUGCUGCAAACUCAGGCAUUAGUAGUGAUACCGGCUUGGGAGAUUCUGUGUGCUCCAGUCCAAGUAUAUCUAGCACCACAAGUACUAAGCCGGACCCUCCUCCUUCUCCUCAUGCAAACAGAAAAAAGCAUCGCAGGAAGAAAAGCACAAGCAAUUUUAAAGCUGAUGGUAUCUCAGGCAGUGCCGAAGCCAAACGCAAAGCGUGGAAACUAAACCGUGUUGGUAGCCUGCGAAAUAUAUACAGCAGCAGCAGCACCAACACUGAAGAACAAGAAGAUAACUUUGAAUUUAUCAUCGUGUCUCUUACUGGUCAGACUUGGCACUUUGAAGCUACAACAUAUGAAGAAAGAGAUGCUUGGGUCCAAGCUGUAGAGAGUCAAAUUCUGGCCAGCCUGCAGUCAUGUGAGAGCAGCAAGAAUAAGUCCCGACUGACAAGUCAGAAUGAGGCCAUGGCCCUUCAGUCAAUAAGAAACAUCAGAGGCAAUUCUCGCUGUGUGGACUGUGGGGCACAAAAUCCUGACUGGGCAAGCUUAAAUCUGGGAGCACUCAUGUGUAUUGAAUGCUCAGGGAUACACCGAAACCUUGGCACACACGUGUCCCGUGUGCGCUCACUUGACUUGGAUGAUUGGCCUAUUGAACUCAUCAAAGUAAUGUCCUCCAUUGGGAACGAGUUAGCAAAUAGCGUGUGGGAAGAAAAUACCCAGGGACGUGCAAAACCCUCUCCAGACUCCUCAAGGGAAGAAAAAGAGCACUGGAUCCGAGCCAAAUAUGAGCAGAAGCUCUUCCUUGCUUCACUGCAGUGCUCAGAGUUUUCCUUAGGCCAGUACCUGCUAAGAGCAACUGCGGAGGAAGAUUUGCGAACAGUCAUCCUGCUUCUUGCUCAUGGGACACGAGAAGAAGUCAAUGAAACCUGUGGAGAUGGAGACGGGCGUUCGGCCUUACAUAUAGCAUCCCGGAAAGGAAAUGUAGUGUUGGUGCAACUGUUAAUUUGGUAUGGUGCUGAUGUUAUGGCCCGCGAUGCCCAUGGAAACGGUGCUUUGGCCUAUGCCAGGCAAGCCACCAACCAAGAGUGCAUUGAGAUUCUCCUGCAGUACGGCUGCCCAGAUGAGCGUUUUGUCCUAAGUGUUCACCCGUUAUAAAUGGGGAUUGCCAUAAUAGGAACAACAGCAGUGUGAAACCGAUUAGAACAGAUGAGGAUGGUUCAGGCAGUUACCGACAAGAGGCACAAACCAGGACAUACCGUAUGUUC